AAUAUCCGCCAGUUCGUCUCCCCAUCUCGUAGCUUGUAGAUGGUCCCGUGCUGUUAGGGAUUUCAUCUUUUUUAUUUCCAUUGUUUAAGUGUUGAACGUACUUUAUUUAAACAUGAAAGUCACUCGUAGUACGAAGAAAAGUGCCCCGACACCCGGCACAAUGAAACGAUCGUUAUUCGCCGGCCCUUUGCUUGUCGCCCAAGAAAAAUCGACCAAGUUGCUUAUAACUAAUCUCGAUCACAAUGUGACCGAUUCUGAUAUCUGUGAGUUGUUCAGCGAGGUUGGAAGCAUAAGAGAAGUUGCCGUUCACUAUAACUGCUGGGGCUAUUCCUUAGGCACAGCCCACGUCGUGUUUUUGAACCAUGAAAAUGCCGCCGAAGCUGCCCGCCGUUACAACGGUGUCCCAUUCGACGGGCGCCCUAUGACAAUCACCGUCGAAGGAGCCCCGCAUGGGGCAUACGGUGUGCAGAAAACCCUCCCCGUUAAGAUGAGGCUGUCCUUCGGACCUAAGCACAUGUCGAAUGGACGCAAUCCUUUGUCCCAGGUAAAUGCGCCCACCAGAGGAAGGCCGCCAAAGGGAGUGAAGCGCCUUGAAAGCGGCCCUAAGGGUUUCGGUGGUCUUACUAAGCCACGAGGACGACCAGCUGUGUUAGGGAAUGGCAAGACCGUGGGCCGAUUACCCACAGCAGCCGAACUAGAUAUGGAAUUAGACGAGUACCUGAGCAAGAAGAAUAAGAAAGCUGGUGCAGCUAAGAAUAAAGACAAAGAAAAUGAUGAUUUUGGCAACGUGAAUGAAGUGAUGAUCAAUGGUGGGGUGACUCCCCGAAGGUCAGCAAAGAAAAAGAGAACUCCCAAAGGAACCCCUAAGACGCCCAACGUAUCAAGGACAACCCCAGGGAAAACUCCCAAGAGAACACCUAGCAGCGGCCUUAAGAGGCUUGGCAGACCGCCCAAGAAGACCCCAACUGGAAGUCCCAAAGUAACACCGAAAACACCUGGUAAACAGGUAGGGACCACUCCGUUUAAAGUCAAGCUUGUGAGAGACCCACAGGACACUCCAAAGAAAUCAGGGACUCAAGAAGAGGAAGCAGUGGAGGACCACGUCGAGGCGGAGGUAACAGACACAGCAACGUCCCCUAAUGAGACAGAAACCGCGGCAGAAGAGGCCAUUGAGACGGAAGCAGUAGUCGAAGAGCCUACAGAGACGGAAGUAGUAGCAGAAGAGCCUACCGAAACGGAAGUAGUAGCAGAAGAACCUACCGAGACGGAAGCAGUAGCAGAAGAGGCUACCGAGACGGAAGCAGUAGCAGAAGAGGCUACCGAGACGGAAGCAGUGGCCGAAGAGCCAACAGAGACGGAAGCAGUAGUAGAAGAGGUCAUCGAGGAGGAAGCAGCUGCACAAGAGUCAGAAGACGAUGUGGUGGCGAUAACUCUAGACGAUGAGGAGGCACCAGUUCCUCGGUCUAAGCGAACGCUGAAAACGCCUGCAAAGGGUAAGAGGCAGCCUGCGAAAAAGGCCGCGGAAACUCCCUCAAGCCGGCGCACCACGCGAGCCCCUUCGAAAACUCCCAGCAAAACCGAGUUACCAAAGAAAAGGAAGGCAAGUGAUGAGGAGCUUCCGGAGGAGGGAGAGAUCGUAGAUAACGAAGAAAUAAUCUUGGCAGAUUUGCCUGACCUUUCGAAGUCUGCCAGAAAGUUGAGCAAUCGUCGAAGUGGAAGAUUCUCUGGGUCGGCAAAUUAAAGUGUAUUUUUUUUAUAAUGUGUCCUGAUUCGUUAGUUUUUUAAUCAUUAUGAAGCAUGCUGUUAUGUUUUAAUGUAUAUCAUUCUUCUGACUUGAGAACGUGAGGAAGACAAUAUUAAGUGCCCAAGUUUAAACGUGUGUUAUUUUUGAUGAGUGAAACCAUGAAUUUUCAUGCCCUUCAGAUUGCGUUCUUGUUCAGUGUUGCUAUAUCUCCGAUGAAGGUAUAACUUCUUAACUGCUUGAUUGUUGUUUUCGUUCUAGGGAAAGUUGUUAGUUGUGUCAGUUAUUGAGUGAAUGCGUGAAGCUCAAAAUUAGAAGGGGUGAAAAUUUUUUCAUUUCUGUUUACACUAGUUUUAAAAUUCAUUGUUCUUUACACUAUUUGAAGGUAGGAUUUUCGUUUGCUGAAAGUGCAGUUUCUAAUUUCACUUUAACUAAAGAAUAUUUCUUGCCAUAUCUGUGAUGAUCUUCCUGAAGUGCUCAAUUAUAAUGCCUUUGUGGAAUUUUGUGAUAUAUUUUUAUUCCCAUUACAUCAAUACGAAGCAGUCAUAGUAUUGUAAUAACAUGUUUAUCAGUUAAACAUGACGUCGUAUACUUUUGUACUGAUUUGUCAAUAAAAUAUUUUGAAUUUA